UGGUCUUUAACAAAUCGUACAUAUAGCUUGGCAAUUCCAAUAGUAUCUAUAGCCUAAAUAUGCCCGAGACAAUUCAACUAGCUGGCGUGCUUAUUGGUCACAGCGGCUGGGUAACGCAAGUGGCGCCGCAUCCUUAUGAUCCUGAACUGUUAAUCAGCGCAUCGCGCGAUAAGACAAUCAUUGUAUGGCGUCUAACGCGUGAGACUUUAACUAGCUAUGGUUAUCCGCUGAAACGCAACUACGGCCACUCGCAUUUCAUAAGCGACGUGGUGCUCUCUAUGGAUGGUAACUUUGCCUUGUCUGGCUCCUGGGAUCGCACCAUACGGCUAUGGGAUCUGACUACUGGCGCUACGACGCAGCGCUUCGAGGGUCAUAGCAAGGAUGUGCUAUCGGUAGCCUUCUCGCCGGACAACCGCCAAAUAGUGUCGGGCUCGCGUGAUCGCAGCAUCAAACUGUGGAACACGCUGGCCGAUUGCAAGUACACCAUAACGGAGGAUUGCCACACCGAUUGGGUGUCCUGUGUGCGCUUCUCACCCAAACAUACAAACCCUAUAGUCGUCUCCUGCGGCUGGGAUCGCACGGUCAAGGUGUGGGAUCUGACGCACUGCAAGCUGCGCAGCAAUCAUCAUGGCCACAACGGCUAUCUAACCACAGUGGCUGUCUCGCCGGAUGGAUCGCUCUGCACUUCUGGCGGCAAGGAUGCCAAGGUGCUGUUCUGGGACUUGAGCAAUGGACGCAAUCUGUAUCCGCUUGAUCAUCAUGCUGCAGUCAAUGCCAUGUCCUUUUCGCCGAAUCGCUAUUGGCUUGCUGUAGCCUGCGGCGCCUCGAUAGUCGUCUGGGAUCUGGCCUCCAAGAAGGCUGUCUUCGAGCUUUGGCUUGACGAUGUGGCUGCCAGCGCAAAGGGCGAUUUGCCCCACUGCCUUUGCUUAAGCUGGUCCACAGAUGGACAAGCUCUCUUUGCUGGCUACUCAGAUAAAAAGCUGCGCAUCUGGCAGGUGCUAACGGGCCAAUAGAACUUAAGACUUAUGCUGCGCCGCCACCAUUAAAUAUAAAAGCUGAUUUGUUUAUUCUAUGAUAAAGGUACAAGUUGAAAUGUUUACAACCCUUGCCAAUUGGCAUGGUGGGCUGUCUUGGAUGCUCUGUCAAUAUUU